AUGAUUAUUACUUGUAAAGGUGAAGAGAUGAAGAAACGAGUUGAAGAAUUCUUGGGGUACCUCAAGGUAUUGGAAAGGGUGUUAGGUGAAAAACAAUCUUUCCUCCAUGAUGGGACACUAAUAAAUUUUGGUAUUAAGAUACAUUGUCCAAAGUUGCUUGUUUGGGCUACAAAAUGCAUGAAAAGGGAGAGUGUUUCCAAGAGUCUUGCUGAUUCAAACAAGAUUUAUGAGUCACUCAUUGCUUAUAGAAAGAAAAUUGGUGUAGAAGAAUAA